AUGUCUGAACCAAUUGAAUCCAAAGAAGAAAAAGUAGAAGAGCCCGUUGCAGAAGUUACUGCUACUGAAGAAAGCGAAAGUACAGAGCAAGAAAAACAACAACAACAAACCGAAAAAGAAGAAGACGGAAAAGAAGAAGAAGGAAAAGAAGAAGAAUCGAAGAAAAGACCUAGCGAUCAAAGUUCAGAGAAGAAAAAAAAGAAAAGAAGAAGAAGAAAUUAUGAUGAAGAAGAUGAAGCCUUAGAAAAAGAAGAAGAGAAAGAAAAGGAAGCUAAGGUUGGUGCUACUGGAGUGGGUGCUGUUGAUGAUGAUGACGAAGAUGAAGAUGAGGACGAGGAUUAUGAACAAGGUAAAUUGGAUGAUGAAGAUGAAGAAGAUGAUGAAUUGUUAGAAAUUGAUGAAUCCAAUAUCAUCACUACAGGUAGAAGAACAAGAGGUAAAGUUAUUGAUUUUGCUAAAGCUGCGGAGAAAUUGGAUAAAGAAUCAGGUGUAUUGGCUGAAGAAGAAGAAGAGGAUGAAGAAGAAGGAGAAUUCAAAGAAUAA